UACAAAAUGUUUUUCCUCAGUCUGGUUUAAACAGCUAUCGACUCCAUGACCAUAGAAUUUUAGAUCCAAAAUUUAAAUAGUUUCCAUUUUCGGGCUCAAAAUUCUAAAAUAGGAAGUACAAAAUGUCAUUUCUGAAAACCAUUGCAAAUGAUUCUGUACCGCUAAUGCGCCAGAUGCGAUCAUUAAUCACAACUUCAGUUCGCCAAACACACGAUGCGUUCAAGCCCACAAAGCACAAUCCUUCGCCAACGUGCCAAGGGAAGGGAAAGAGUAAGAAGAAGUCGGAUGAGGAUUGUGUGGAUGACCAUCCGAAACCACGUCAGCGCGAAAAUAUUCAGGACACAUUUCCGUUCUAUCAUCUGAUCAAAUUCAAGGAUGUCUGCUGCGGCGAUCCGUGCAUUGACAAAGAUUUUGCUACCUUCGAUGAAUGUUUGUACAAGGAAAGCGAUAAGAACAAGCGCAAAUAUCAAGUAACUUGGGUUGAGUGUCCGCCCGUAAAAAUUCAGCCCAAGAAAAUUUGUUGCUUUGCCAAGGCAAAGAAACCGCCAGUUGCACGUCGCAAGCCAGUUGAGAGGCCAGACACUGCCUGCAAGUACACCAAACCAUGUCCACCCAAGGGAGAACAGCAAUGUCCCCGUAUCAAGAUGCCUCGCUGUAGACCUGUUCGGGUGCCCGUUCGUUGCCAUCGCAUUCGUUGGCCAAGCGAGUGCAGGAAAGUUAAGACUCCCUAUCCGGCCUUCUCUGAAUGCGCUCGUCCCAAGUUGCGAGUGAAACGCCGAACUGAAUGUGAAUGCCAUAAUGAGAUACCGAUGUGCGCGUUAUUAGCGAUUUUGAACAGACGUCUUCGAUCAGGCAGCUUACAGUUAAAUCCGUGCGGAAAGUAAAUUAUAUUUGGGUUACCCACAAAUUUCACUUUUAAAAUGGAUAAAUUCUGACGCAAGCAUUCUUAUAUUAAUUCUUAAAAUUAUUAAUUCGAUAUGUUACAGAUAUGUAAUAAUAAACAAAACCAGCAUACCAUA